AUGUUCCUCGAGCGGAUAAAUACCGUAACUGGAGAUCGUGAAUGGGUCGUGAAAGAUGAGAAUUACGAUUUGGCUCAAGAACUGGCCAGGUUUUUUUCUUUCAUUGUCAUAAAAUCAAUUUUUGGUUUAGAAGUCGUUUCGCUGACAUGAUCCUUGAUUAUGAUCGGAAUGAUAAAUUUUUGGCUGGCUUGAAAACGAUCAUUCAAGAGAAGAAAGCGAAAGGCGAAGCCACUCAUGUCCUGGAUAUUGGUUGGUUUUUUGAAAAAAUGGGACAAAAAAAUUCUUUUGAAAAACAACCCUUUUUUUGAAAAAAAUAUGAUUUCUCCGACUAUUUCUAAGUAUUAUUAUCAAAAUUGAAACUUUUUUUAAAAAAAUGCAAUAUUUUUUUCAAUAAUCGUUUAUGAAUAUAUUAAUGUAAUUUUGAGAAAUUUCAUCGUUUUUUUCAAUUAACAUCUUGAUAAACGUUGUGUUAUCCGAAGAAUCACGCGAUUUUUUUACAAUAGUUAUGAAAAAAAUAAGCUGAAAGAAUUGCGUUUCUUUUUAAUAAAAUUUGUAGAAGCUGAUGAACUCUUCGAAAAAUACCACGGUUUUUUUCAAAUAAAAAGUUACAAAAAAAUUGAUCAUUUCUUGGUAAAAAAAUUAAUGAGCUCUCGGUUGAAUCAGGAUUAUUUUAAAAAAAUAAAAAAAUCGCAACCAUUGAUAAAGUCUUGAAAAAGAUAACGCUUCAUAUCAAUAAAAUUCACGAAAAUUGAUGCAUUUUUCAAGAAAAAUCGCAAUUAAUUAUUUUUUUCGAAUGGAAAUGAAAUUUCUGGUCAUUUUUGCGCGAAAAAAAUGAUCAACUUUCUCUCUGAUACUUGACAAUAAAUAUUUAUUCCAAAAAAAUCAUGAUUUCAAGGCGCCGGAACCGGCCUACUGUCUCUCAUGGCCGCCCGGGAAGGUGCUGAUAAAGUGACGGCUGUUGAGGUUUUCAACAUUUUAACUAACUUAAAAUUGAAAAAUCUUCUCAGGUAUUCAAGCCAAUGGCCACUUGCGCACAAGAAAUCACAAGCCGCAGCGAAUGGAAGGACAAAAUUUCGGUUUGUUUUGGAAAUUUUAAGCGAAAAAUUAUAUAGUCCAUUCCGCGCCAGCUUAUCUCCAAAAAUUUUUAGUGGCGACUUUAGGGUUUUGACGUUUUAGUGGCCACUAUAGUAGUCGAAUUAAUGGCUUCUUAAGUGGCUUAAAAUUAGUGGCCUGAAGUCUAAGCGGUAAUACUACAUUUCUAAAACUACUAUAGUGGCCACUAAGGUGCAAAACAGGGGCCUCUAUAGAGGUGGUUUUAGUGGCCACUGUAGUAGUCGAACUGAUAGGCACGGAAUCGGCUGAAAAUAAGUGGCCUCUUUAAAAGUCUAAGUGAUACUACUAGACUGCUAAAACUACUAUCCUCUUAAGUGGCCACUAGAAUUUUUCCUACGUGUUUUCAUCCGAACUACAGAACACUUUUAUCUGAUUUACGUGUCUCUGACAUGCGCUUUUGAUUUUGCCUAAAAAAAUACCCGUCAUAUUAAAGGCGCAUGCAGAAAUAUAGGAUGUGCGUUUCGAAGAGAAGGAUCUUGUAGCUUGUAGAAGAACAAGAAAAAGUUACACGAAAUGGACUAAACUCAUUUUUCAAGUCAUAUUUUAGGUUUGCAGCUCCCGAAGUUCAAGAUAACGAAUAAAAAUAACUUGCACCUCCCGAAAUUCAAAACUAUGGAUAAAAAUAGUUUGCAGCCCCAAAAAUCAAGAAUACGGAUGAAAUUAAUUUGCAGCUCCCAUAAUUUAGGGUUACAGAUAAAAAAAUAGUUUGCACCUCAAAAAAAUUCAAGAUUAUGGAAAAAAAGUUAUUUGUAGCUCCUAAAAUUCAAAAAUUAUGGAAAAAAAAUAAUUUUUAGCUCUCAAAAAUUUAGUAUUACGAAUAAAAAAAUAGUUUGUAGCUCCCAAAGUCCAAGAUUAUGGAAAAAAAGUUAUUUGUAGCUCCUAAAAAUUCAAAAAUUAUGGAUAAGAGUAAUUUGCAGCUCCCAAAAAUCCAGUCUUAGAAAAAAAGUUGCUGAAUUUUUUCGAGCUAGAAGAUUUUCGAAAUAUCUGAUAAAUUUUAAAUAUGUCUAGCGUUUCUAGGAAAUUCUUUUUUGAGUGAUAAAAAAACGGUUCAAAAAUUUUCUCCAGGUGAUUUCCGAACGUUCAACGGACCUGGAAAGAAUCGAAGGCGACUUAACACCAAAUAUCAUUGUCGCGGAAGUUUUCGACACGGAACUCAUUGGAGAAGGCGCUUUGAGGACUUUCAAAGAAGCCCUGACCCAUUUGGCGAAUGUGGGAAAUUUCGAGAAAUCAAAAAACUAUUUUAGCCAAAUUGUCGAGUUGUACCUUCCCUGGGUACUGUCUAUGUUAUGCCGGUGGAGAGCGACUUUUUGUUGAAUUUUAAUAGAAUUCCAAGUUUUGAAGGUCAAGGUAAGAAAUAGAAAAAAAACUAGAAGAGAAAUGUUUUUUUUUUCUAGAUGACCCUUUGGGAAAAUGCUCCGGAACUUGUGCUGUAUUCGAUGUCCAAUUAUCAGCCGUCGAUAGAUCUAAAUUUCGGCCUCUCAGUGAUCCGAUCGUCGCUUUCAAGUGAUUUUUUGAGCAUGGAAAAUUCUAAGGAACACCAGAGUGGUCACUCUAGGUGAUAGGUGGAAUAACAGCCCCUAUAGGGGACAAAAGUGCUUCAUAUAGGAAUAUUAUGUAGGUCGUCCCCAUAGGCGUUGAGUCUGACUCCUGAGACUCUAAAGCAUGAGUAGCCCCUAUAGGGACCUUUGAAAAUUGAAAAGACUUAUGAGCACCACUAACAUGAAUCCCUAAAGCGCCCGCUAACUAAAACCCUUAGGAAGACCACUUCUGCAAGCCUUAGUGCUCCCUUUAGGGGAUAUUGAUGAAGUGGUCCUCUGGGGGGGGGGGCUUUAGGGUUCCUAAGUUUGGUAGAAACUGAGGAACUUGUUAUUCGGAAAAUUGGUCCAUUUUUUCCUUUUUUAAAGAACGAGUUUUUGAUGAAGCUUGGCAGAAGAGCAUUUACAGACCCUCUGGUCCCAGAAAAGUUGAAGAAUUGAUCUUUUUCGAGUUGAAAGGCUUAAUGUAUGCUUAAAUUACGCAAAGGAGAAGAAAAUGGAUCUUUUGAAGCGUUGAGACUCGAAAUAUGGAAGGAAAUCUUCAGAUUCGACUUUGAGGACGCCUCAUCGAUAAUUUACGACGAGGAGUUCGUGCGCGAGCAAGUCUGCACGGCAUCCGGUCGUCUGGACGCCCUUCUGAUGUGGUGGGACCUGGAUAUGGACCGAACCGGCGUCAAUAUCAUCGACAUGGCUCCCAGCUGGAUCAACCCCGAUUACGCGGUUCCAAAUGACGACUAAAAUGAGUACGAUGCUCCACAUUACAGUGGCGGGACCAUUGGAUGCAGGCCGUCUACUUUCUGCCGACCAAGCCUGAUGUUGAAGCUGGCGAGAGAUUGUCGAUCAAGUGCGCACAUGAUGAGUUCAGCAUGUGGUUUGAUGUUGCGGAUGCCAGGUGGGUUCAAAAAAAGGUGUUAUUGAUAAAGAAGAAAUCACAAAACAAAAAAUAAAAUGCGGAUUUCCAAAAAAUAACGGGUCUUGGUCAAAAGAGCUGAGAAAAUCGCGCCGUCCCACUGUUUGAGAUUUAAAAAAAGCGAGCGAAAAAUGGGCUGCCGAAAAUUUUGCGCGACGUUGCGCUCCACUGAGAACAGUAAACAAAAUCCGUUCAUCUCGGCAAAUUAUUAUCUUGCAAUCUAGUUUUUUAUGUUUCGCUUGCAAUUUUUUUUCAGCUCAUUUUUAUGGUAUCGAUUUUCACAGCUCUUUUGACAUAUACAAAAAAAAACACUUUUUUGUUCAACUUUUCCAUCUUUUUCACGUCUUCUAUCAAAAAAAGGCUAGAAAGCGGCUAAAAAGGUACCAGAGGACUCGAAAAAGGUUCAUUGAGGUUAUGAAAAAGGAGCUCGAAGUUUUUUCUCUAUCGUUUUAGGACCUUUUAGAGAAACCUUUUCACUUCCUUCUGGGGGUUUUCAAAAAUAACUUUUCGUUCUGCCUGUAUAUAACCCAUUUUGCGCCAACUCUUUACGGUUUUUUUUAUUUUCGAGCUACAGAACACUUUUCUGCGAUACACACGGUCUUUCUCUGGGCAUGCGCCUUUUAUUCAGUCCGAAAUUUUGAUUAUUUUGAAGGCGCAUGCACAGAGACAAACCGCGUGCAUCGAAGGGAACCUUCUUGGGUAAAGUCGGAUUGAUGGAUAAUAGCCGUUUAAAGGGAGAGGCUCAAAAAAAGCCACAGAAAGGCUUCAAAAAGAGUCCCUUUAUCGAGCCUUCUAUUUAUUCUGGGAUUUUGAAGGCUCAAGAAAUGGUGGAAAAAAAGGGAGAGGCAGCAAAAAAAGAGGGGGGUGGUUGGCAAACCGUAAAAUGAUUUUUGUAAAGUUUAAUUAAUUGGAAAAAGCAAUUUUUUUCCUAAUCAAAAAAAUAUUUUUUUCGAGCUUGGAGGAAGGGGGGGACCUUCAUGUCGCCAGUCAUGCUCAUCCCAUGUAUGCCCGUGAUCCUGGAAAAGUUCUGUAGCUCGGAAAUAGUGAAAAGCUGGCGCGGCAUGGUAACUUGUUGCGUAACCGACUUUGAUUUGAACGGUGUAUCCAUCUCGAGUCCCGUUUCCAGAUAUUUGGGAUCAAAAUUGACAAAACGGGGAACUUUCAGAAGUUCCAUCGAGAGAAUGUACUGCGAAUGUUCAUUGCAUUCAAUGUUGAGCCGACAAACUUUGUUCCACAUGAACGAAAUGCUCCAAGAUCGGGUUUUUAUCGAUCAGUUGCGAUUGGUAAGAUUUUUGCUGUUCAGAAACCCUUGCUGGGGUUUUCAAAGGAGCAUGGAUCAUUUUUAAUAAAGGUCCCAAAGCGAAAAACUUUUUCUCAGGGUUAUUUUAAGUGAUUCAAAGACAUUUGCGCCUUUAAAAAUCCCUGCAAGAUUUUUUUGAACCUAGUUUUGUCCAAGUAGAAAAUAUAAGACUUUUUUUCUAGAUAUGUCAAGAUAAAUUCAUCGUUUGCCUCGGGGAAGGCUCGAUUUUACCUAUUCUUGUGGCGAAAUUCGCCUCCGAAGUCUGUUGCGUCGACUCGAAUCCGCAUUUUCGAGCCGUCUUGAAAAAGUUUUCUUGAUGAAAUCAAGGAGAAUAUUGUUUUUAUUACAGAUAUGCCGACUUUUAUAAGUUGACAAACUUGCGGAUCGUUGAAAAUACGCUGAAAGUUGUCCGGAAGGUAAUUUUUAGUUUUGAUUUUUUGAAAUGAGGUAUGUUAUAUUUCAGUCGUAGAUUUGUUACUUUUUAUAUGAAGAGGAUCGCAAAAAUCCUCAUUUUAUUAAUUUUUGUUUGAAAAAGUCAAUCACCAAUGAGGAGGGUUUCGUGGCGAAAAAAACUAUGGUUCCAAAAAUUCAAAUUUCUCAUUUCUCUUAACUAAAUUGGUCAAUUUUCUACAAUUCAUAGGAUUUUUAUAAGUAGUCCCUACAGGGCUCUUUUUAAUUUUUUUUCGUUUAAAAUUUUUAAAAUGAAAAAAAGGCUAAUAAAAGCUUGAUCGAUUGAGCCUCUGUUUUUUUAUGAGUAAGGACCUUUUUUUCUCAAACACGAUUAGCAUGUCCCCUAGAAGGGCCACUACCUAAAAACACUAUAGGGGAAGGUGAAGUGGUCCAUAGAGGGAAAUCUUCAAAAGCUCCUAAUAUUGCCCCUAUAGGGACCACUCUGGCGCUCCUAAGUUAUCCUAUAAGCUGAGUUAACGUUUUUUUUUUAGAUGGGAUCUUUUUUUCGUUUUUUUCAUACACGAUAAGCAUAUACCCUAGAGGGACCACUAACUGGAACCGCUAUAGGGGAAGGUAAAGAAGUCCCUAGAGGGAAAUCUUCAGAAGCUCCUAAGAUUGCUCCUAUAGGGACCACUCUGGCGGUCUCAAGUUAUGCUAUAAGCUGAUUUAUUGAUCAUUUUCUCUCAUACACUGUUAGCAUAUCCCCUAAAAGGGCCACUAACUAAAAACCUUAUAGGGGAAGGCAAAGUAGUCCCUAGAGAGAAAUAAUUAGGGGCCUAUAGGGACCACUCUGGCGCUCCUAAGUUAUCCUAUAAGUAACGGUCCCAAGAAAUUGAAUAAUUUCAGCCGGACGCCGUCGUCGCUGAGCCUUUCUACCUCUCAGCCAUGAAUCCCUGGCAAAAUUUGCGAUUUUUGUACGAAGUCGACGAACUUCGGCAACGUUUCGGAGAGUUCCCCGUCGAGCCUCAUGUUUGAAAAAAGGAAAAAGAAUUUACAAAAAAUGACCAUGUUUAGCAAGGAACCCUCUGGGCGAUCGGAGAAAAGUUCGAACACCUGCAAAAUAUCGCCCGUCCUGUCGGGACUGUCAACGGAUUCGACUUGUCGGCUUUCGAUGAGAUUUCUUAUGUGGGUUUUUGGGGAAGGGUUCAUUUAUUUUCUGUGUCGUCGCACCCCCUAAAAAAAUUGGCCUUCCAAAAAUUUUUUCAAAAAAAAUGGCGUUCUAAAAUCAACAGAAAUUUUUUUUUCUCCAGAAAGCCCGAGAAGCGACCGACGCGAUAGUGGAUGAGCAGCCGUUGUGGGAGUAUUUUGGUCGUGUCAGAACAGAAAAAAUCAAAAUGAUGGAUUUUGAAGUCGGAACUCCCAUCACCAAUAAGAAAACGCAUCGACGGAUAGAGCUGAAGUUAUUUUUGAAACUUUCGAAUUUCUAGAAUUUUGAUUUGAACUGAUUUCCUCAUUUUGAAUAAUGAGUUCACUCACUGCAUUUGGUAUGAAAAGAAGCAAUAAGCAAUUCAAAUAUCUGACCUUUAGGAAAAACUAAAAGGCAUGGCUAGCCAAAGAGAGAGAUGGUUCAUUGGAAUGCAUUUACAGUAUCGUCAAUAUAUGAAAAUAUAUGAAAUCUAUGAAAAAAACGCGACUUUGGUCACAACUUUCUUGUAAAAAAUUCAAUCUUUCUGAAAGUUCCUAAAGCUGCGUUUUUUACCGAAAACUAAAACUUCAUCAGAUUGUUAAAAAUAACAGUCAUCACAACUCCAGAAAAUUCCAGAAAGAUUGAAUUCUUUUCAAGAAAGUUGUGACCGAAACUUCAGUUUUUCGUAUCUUUUCUGACGGUACUGUAUGAAGCGAUAAGCUUUAGGAAAUUCUCGAAAAUUGGUUUUUUUGAAAGAUUUUUUAAGCAGUUUAAUACAGAAAACUUUCAGUCUAACUUUGAAGUUUUUAGAAAAAUGUAGCAAUUUUGGCCUAAGAGAAAAAUUUCAGUGGCUCCAACGGAGUGGCCCUUUGGAUGGAAUGGCAGUUUGGUGAUUCGAUCCUCUCUACGGGGCUUCUCGAGAACUACGAGAUAGGUUUGACAUGAAAUUUGUAUUUUGAAACCUUUUGAUAGUCACCGUAACGUUAGAAGCUAAUUUUUUGGAAUUUUUGGGUUAUCUGACGAUUUUUUAGUCACUUUAUUGCAGAAAAAAGAUUGCAAGUUUGAAAAUUUGACAAGCAAAUAUAGCUGAUUCACGGCUGGCUUGAGCCAUCGAGAGAGGGUUUUGCCACGAAAAGAGACGAGACAGUGCCCUGGCUGGUGGAGAGUGCAGACAGGCCACGCCUUUUUGCGUCAUAAGCUAGCCGCGAAUAGUCUAUACAAAAAAAUAUUCAGAUUGGAAAAUUUCCGACAGUUUUUGAACCUGGAUACCUAAAGGGACCCCUUAGAAGUACUAUUUUGAGAAAAUGAUGAACUUCAAAAUUUCAUCCAGCCGAAUCAAAGCUGGCUAUAGCCGUCAAAAAUGGGUCCUGACACGAUGAGAUAAGAGAGAGUGCUUAGUUGGUGGAGAGCGCAGACAGGCCACGCCUUUUUGCGUCCUAAGCUAGCCUUGAAUGGGCUAUAGUUUGAAAAAGUUUUAAUAUUUUUGAGUAAAAUAAAGUUUAGAAAUGUUUUUGAAUCAAUGAAUCAUGUUUCAACUCGAUCACCCGAAUCUGGAAGUCGCUUUUUUUUUCCUAGAACAAAAAGGCCCAACGAUUUGAUUGAGCAAAUGAAAUUUCACUGUCAAAUGGUUUCUUCCUGUCGAAAAAUCGGAAGAUCCAAAAAAUGCACGAUUUCCAAGGAAAAUCCAUAUUUUUCCAUGUGAAAAAACUUUUCAAAAGAAAGAUUUAAUGCAAAAAACGUUCAAUUUGUCCCCGGCUUUGGUUUAAAAAAAGUUGUAUUUUUUUUGGUAUUUUUCGCUACCGUUACCCGAAAAAGGGGCGGAGCUUCUCAAAAACCCACGUGAAAUUUCGAAGACCUCAGAGUUAGUGUGACCUCAAAUCAAGCUCAGAAAACUUAUACUGAAAAUUUUUUAUAAGGAAAGUGUAAAAAAAAAAUCAAUAAAACACCUCUAGCUUCCCAUUGUAAUCAAAAUAAACUAAUAUGCGAAAAACGCCCAGGAGAUGCUCCGCAAUGGAAUAUCGGCUACCGACAAGGAGUUUAUUUCCCAACGGGCAAGCUUUUCGAAGCCGCCGACCUCAGCCUAAUGGUCCGAUUCAACGCGAAAACGGCCGAUCUGGCCUUUCAUUUUGUCAAAUCCGACCAUCCGGCGCUUCCCUCGUGA